AUCCUUUCAUUUUUUUAACUCUAAUCAAUCGAUUAAUUAAUUGUUUAAUAAUAACAGUGACUCUAAUCAUUUCCAAAAUCAACUUGUGUUUUGUGUUCCUUCGUACGUUAAACGCCGUUAGAACCGGUCUCUCAUCUCAUUCCUCUAAUCCAAUUCAAUUUCUUUUAUUCCUUUUUCCCCUUUCUCUUUCUCUAGGGUUUUUCUUCCACCAAUUUCACAACGACGUUGUUUCAAGAUGAUGCCCCCGGGCCUCGUUUCCAAUCUCCAAGAAGCACUUCUCAACAGAAAACCACCACCACAACAAGAUGAAUCAAACGACGCCGUUUCGUCUUCCGCCGACGAAACUGUCGAGUUCGACGAAUCUAAACCUAUUGUGUUGCUCACGAAUACCGACGGACUUGAAUCGCCGGGUCUUUUACGCCUAGUUGAAGCUCUCGUUCUUCAAGGACUUUACAAUGUUCAUGUUUGCGUUCCUCAAUCGGAUAAAUCUGUUUCUGGUCAUUCUGUUACGGUUGGAGAAACUGUGGAGGCUUGUUCUGCUAAAGUUAAUGGUGCUAUUGCUUUUGAGAUUUCGGGAACUCCUGUGGAUUGUGUUUCGUUGGCUUUAUCUGGGGCGUUGUUUUCGUGGUCAAAGCCUCUGUUGGUUAUUAGUGGGAUUAACCGGGGAUCAAGUUGCGGUCAUCACAUGUUUUACUCGGGGGUUGUUGCUGGAGCUAGGGAGGCAUUGUUAUGUGGUGUACCGUCGUUAUCGAUAUCAUUAAACUGGAAGAAGGAUGAAAGCCAAGAAACUGAUUUCAAGGAUGCAGUAGAAGUCUGUUUACCGUUGAUAAAUGCAGCUAUUAGAGAUAUUGAAAAGGGGACUUUUCCCAAAGACUGCUUUCUAAAUAUAGAAAUUCCAAGGUCACCUUUGAGCAACAAGGGUUUCAAAUUGACCAAGCAAAGUAUGUGGAGAUCCACUCCAAACUGGCUAGCUGUUUCAAGUAGCCGCUAUCCAACUGGUCAUUUCUUGGCCAACCCACAAGGUGGUCUAGGUCUUCAGUUUGCACAGCUUGGCCGAGAUGCCUCUGCAGCUGGUGCAGCUCGUCGGUUGGCUACACAGAAAAAGAAUUUGGAGAUUAUUGAAUCAACUGGAGCUGCAGGAAAACCUGAUACCAACAGAGUGAAGAAAUACUUCAGACUAGAGUUUUUGGAGAAGCAGCAGGAAGAAACAGAAGAUGAUGAUCUGGAUUACAGAGCACUUGAAAGUGGAUAUGUUGCAGUGACUCCAGUAUCUGUUUCUCCUCAUAUUGAAACCGAUAUUCAAACGACAACUUCAGAUUGGAUUUCUGCUGUGAUUCCUGGUGGAGAGUAAAUUAAAAACUCAGUGUGUUUGUGUUAUGUGUACAUCAGAGAUUUGAGAAUUCUUUUUCCCUUUUCUUCUUUAAAGCAAAGAUGGAGCAGAAGUGAUAGUCACUCACACGAAUUCAAUAGUUGAUUUGAAUUUGUACUCUUUAUUUUUACAUUAUUUUUUUUUUGGGUUUCCUUGUUCAUUGUUUUUUCAGUUCCCUUGGGCACUUAGUUAUUUCUGGUUUGAAGCAAAAGCUUCUUGUAAUUUGUUGGGCAUGUUUUAGAAAAUUGCCUUUUGGUCUGUUUGUAAUAUCUAUUGCUAGCAAAACACUGGAACACAGCUUGUAACAUUUCUUCCGGAUAGUUAAACUUUGGAUUGAUUAUUUAUUGGAAAUGUGAUCUAAUGGAAGUUAUUUGUCACA